CGCGGGGAAGUUCCCUCGUAGGAAAUCCCCGGCUCUGUUCAAGGGGGUUUAUUAUUGGUGUGUGACUGCGCGAGCCUCCUCCUCAUCACAUGUCACAGACGAAGGCUCAAAUGAGACACUGAGCGCAAACACAGCAAACAUUUUGCCGUUAAUUUGGACCAAACUCGUGAAAUAUGGAGGCGGUGAGCUCGAGCUCGGACCACGACGCGCUGACGAGUCAACAGCGCGGUGACGACACGCUCAGCACGCUGCACCAUGAGACGCCACAGGCCAUGGAGCUGAUGCAUAAACAGCUGUACGUAAAGGAUAACAUCAUAGCCGACCUGAAGGCGAGGCUGGCCCGCUACGAGAACACGUACAUGACGGUGGGCGAGAACGAGCCGGUGCUGUUGGGUCCAUCCAUGUCGCUGCUGGAGAGUUUGUGUAAUGAAAUCUGUAAACACAAACAGAAGAGGAGCGAGCUGGAGCUGAAAACGAGCCGACAAGCGCAGGAGAUCCAGACGCUCAGGGCGGAGUGCAGACAGAAGGAGGAGGAGCUGGAGAGAGUGAGACAUGAAGCUGGGCACGAGAAGGAUGAGGAGAUCAGGAGACUCCACACGGCUCUGCAGGAGAAGGAGCGCUUAGAGGCCACCAGAGCUGUGCUCUGCACCUCCUUAACAGAGGAGGCACAACACCUACGGAGCCAACUUGGAGCUACGGUCAAAGUGUGCAAGGACCUGCUAGCACGCCUGGAGAAGGGCCUGGAAAAGGACAUGGAAAAGGGCCUGGAGAGCAAAGAGGCCAGGAGGGAGGAGGAGGGCAGGCAGCAGACAGGGCAGAGAGAGAAGGUAGACACCACAGAGGAGGUGGAGCGCCUCCAGCAGGAGAACCAGCAGCUGAAGCAGCGCGUGGCUUAUGUUCAAAGGCUAAACUCUCAGUGGCAGAAGUACGACUCCAGCAGAGAGGACUACAUUCGGGGGCUGUGCCAGAGGCUCCAAGAGGUACCGGGCCUGGGGCCUGUUAGCUCCACCAUGCUGUGCCAGGAGAUCAGUCGCCUCAACGACCUCCUGGAGGACAAGAUGGAGGAGUGCGUGAGAGUGAGGAGGGAAAUGGAGGACGCUAGGAGACACGACACGGAGAGGAUCCAGAUGUUGGAGCAGCAGGUGCUGAUCUACACAGAGGACUUUAAGUCAGAGCGCAACGACCGAGAGAGGGCGCAAGGACAGAUACAGGGACUGAAGGAGCAGCUGCGACAGCUCAAACACCUGCACAGACAGCAGGGGGCAGCAGUGCACGAGGGCAGAGCCAGAGACCAGGAUAUAGUUCCUCUUUGUCGAGUUCACAUCGGGCACCGAAUCGCUCCGAGACGACGCAACGACCCCGAGCAUUUGGUGCAGACGGCAGACAGACAACAGCAGCCGCCACCUCUGCAGAGCCCCCCCCAGGGCUCUGACCAGUCCGAGCUCCGCUGCCCGCGCUGCCAGGCUCAAUUCGAUGACACGCAGGCAGCACAAUACUUUGACCACUGGGAAGAAUGUGCCAGAAUAUGAGCAGGACUAACCAGAGAUAAGUGAGGAAGUGCACUACGCAAACUGGCCCUAUGCCCUAUAGCCUACAACCCUACAGCCCGACAGCCUAAACCCUACAGCCCCGUUACUACAGUACAAUGUGGUGGAGGGACACUCAAAACAUGAAGGGCUUGUAUGACACAGACUCUGUGAGCUCCAUGUUCUAACAGACCUGGAAUUGUGUUUUGCUUCAUUGGCACAUGUUUGAGUCACACUUUAUUAUUACUCUGUACAUCUCCAAAGCUCAAAACGCUCUGUUCCACCUUGUGAUGUCAUGUGGUAGUUUUCAAGUCAAGAGCUACCACCUUUUACUUUUUGUUUCACAGUGAGUGGAAAUUCCAGAACUGAAAUCAUCAAAAUGAUUCUAGUGAGUUUACUGAGUGUAUGGAGUUUUAAAAAAAUUACCACAUGACAUCACAAGGUGGAACAGAGUAUUUUCAGUUUGAGAGCCUAAAGCUGCAAGAGACAGUUUUGUGUAAUAUGGGACCCUUAAGGACAAACUUACAGUUUGUGUUGAAAAGGCUCUGUGCUGAAACCAAAAUGAUUAAGUCCAAAAAAGUUCAUGUGGAUUAGUAGUUGUGACAGUAAUCCUGAGAAGACCGAGCAGAGAUGCUUUCACAUACGUGACUUAAGGUCGCAUGUUCCACCUUAAACUGCAGGCGUCAGAGUGGAGUCCCCAUUUCAUGUGCGGGGGCCGUGGGUGAGGACAUAGUCACCAAAUGUCAUAUACCUCAUUGUUUCCUAUUGCACUUUGAGUCAAACUGAGGCCCUGUGCAGAGACUUGGCGUGAUCUGAUCGAGGCCCUGAGAAAAAGCUCAAAAUGUAACAAGAGGGAUUCUAAAAUGGACAUAGCUAACCUGCUAGCAGCUACAUUCCAAAAAGAAGUGACCAUGAGCGCACGUCUGGCUCCAUCGACUUUGGCUCUAAAUCUCUUUCUGUGUAAAAACUGUGUCUCCUCUCUGUCUCUGCUGCUGUCAGACUCCUCAUUCUGGUCUUAAAUGUUUGUAUUAACCCUCUACAUGAUCCUGGGGUGUUUGAGGUUUAUUCACUAUUGUGUCUGUAAAUCCAGAUAUGAACAUUAAUAACAGACAAAUCAAGCACCUCCUUUCCCUGAGGUUGCUCCUGCUAGUGUUGGCAACAGGUUUGAUUGACAGUGUUGCUAAGUGCCUGCUUUCUGCUAAACCAGCAUUGCAGGCGGGGAAGGGGCGUUACCUUCAACAGCCUCGCUGCUGAUUGGCUCUGUGGUUGCUAUGAUACUCGCCGUUGGAACUCUGCUUCAGAUUACUCGCUAUAACUGCUAGCAUUGAUGAGCUUCAUUUGGAGCUGAAUGCUUCAGUGUCGUCACAUCUUUCUACAGGCUGUGACCCAAACUCAUCAGACUCAUCACUGUUGUGCAGGUUAGACGAGGACUGGCCUCGUUAACAUGUGUGUUAACGUUAUAGUUGCCAGGUAACAGUUAUGGAAUUACCUCUACAAAUCUGUCCAGCCAAGAACUAGAAUUAUUUUUAAAAAUCACUAAAAUUUUCAAACUAGAGAAAAUUUUGAAGAUUUGUGCUGAAAUCUUAAUGUUAUUUAUGUUUUUGUGAAAUCUCUUGUCGUGUGUGCACUUUUAAACAUAAGCUUGUACCUGGAGGAUGUGCUGAGGUGUGUGUUUAUUUGAAUGACUUUUGUAAAUUCUUUAUAUAUUUUCAUAACAGAUGUGUAUAUACAUAUAUAUAUAUAUGUAUUAUUUAUUUUACGUAUUGUGAUGUUUACCUUUCCUCCAAAGCCAUAAAACUGUCAAUAGAACUGGAUAAACGUGCCAAAGACACACUGACAUAUUUUUGUAAUAAAACAGAUUUUUCUGCCGAGUCCUCACUUUG